UUUUUUUUUUUGGUAAAGAUAGGUUCUUACAUUUUUUGCCCAAGUUGGUCUUGAACUCGGGCUCAAGUGAUCCUCCCAUCUCAGCCUCCUAAAGUGCCAGGAUUACAGGAACAAGCCACUGUGCUCAGUGAGGUGCAGUAACUUGGCUGAAGUUGUAAGGUGCUGGUAAGCCUGGGAAUUCCAGCUGGAACUCAGUCUUGGGUGGGAAGACCCCAGGGUCUGUGCUCUGAGGCCUCCCAUGCCCUAUGGCACUCAGGACAGAGGCCUGGAUGGAUUGAGUGAAUGAAUGACUUUGGCAGGGGGUGGGUGAAGAGACUGCUGUCCCCCCAGCCCUCCCUCCUGACCAUGUCCUCUCUCUUCCCCGCAGCCAUCAAGGGAUUCUGGGCCACCUGCCCUUCCUUCUCCACCUUCUACUUCCUCUUUGCCAUUUUUGUAGUGUCCACCAUCUUUCACUGCCACCAGCGCCUGGCUCUGGUGCCCGCGCCCUGGGCAUACUCAGCCCAUGUGGUCCUGGCACCGAGACACCUCCCCCGAGAGGGGCUGUUCACUAUCAACUCCAAGGGCCGCCUGGGGAACCAGAUGGGUGAGUACGCCACGCUGUAUGCCCUGGCCAAGAUGAACGGGCGGCCCGCCUUCAUCCCAGUCCAGAUGCACAGCACCCUGGCCCCCAUCUUCAGAAUCACCCUGCCAGUGCUGCACAGUGCCACAGCCAGCAGGAUCCCCUGGCAGAACUACCACCUGAACGACUGGAUGGAGGAGAAGUACCGCCACAUCCCUGGGCGCUAUGUCCGCCUCACGGGCUACCCCUGCUCCUGGACCUUCUACCACCACCUCCGCCACGAGAUCCUCCAGGAAUUCACCCUGCAUGACCACGUGCGUGAGGAGGCCCAGAAGUUCCUGCGGGGCCUGCAGGCCAAGUGGGCAGGGCAGGCGACCUUCGUGGGGGUCCAUGUGCGCCGGGGGGACUAUGUCCAUGUCAUGCCACGUGUAUGGAGGGGGGUGCUGGCCGACUGGGGCUACCUGCAGCGGGCCCUGGACUGGUUCCGGGCCCGCUGCCGCCUCCCGGUCUUUGUGGUCACCAGCGAUGACAUGGCCUGGUGCCGGGACAGCAUCAACAGCUCCCUUGGGGACGUGGUGUUCGCUGGCAAUGGCCUCCAGGGCUCACCUGCCAAGGACUUCGCACUGCUCACACAGUGCAACCACACCAUCAUCACUGUGGGCACCUUCGGGAUCUGGGCCGCCUACCUCACAGGUGGGGACACCGUCUACCUGGCCAACUUCACCCUGCCCAACUCCCCCUUCAACAUGGUGUUUAGGCCGCAAGCGGUCUUCCUGCCAGAGUGGGUGGGCCUUGCGGCUGACCUUGGACAGGCUGGACAGAAUGGCCUCUAGCUAGCCCUGCAUGUGCCUGGCCCUCAUCCUCUGACCCAAGGGGCAGUGAGUGGGGCGUGCGGGGCAUGGACUCAUGGUCCCUCACACAGUUUGGAUCCAGGCUUAUCUACUUCACAGCUGAGUGAGUUUGGACAAUUGACUCAACCUCUGUGCCUUAGUAUAUCAACCACAAAAUGCACAAACCUCAGAACUAAACACCGGGAGCAGCUGGUGGGAGCUAAGCAAAUUCGCUUAGAGCCAGUGCCUUGUGACCGCGUGGGAGGCGUCGGCUGCUGACAUGUAGGCAGCACGCCGAACAUUGGCAUCGCUUUACAAUGGAAAUGCAGUUUUGCCCUCUCCUUCCUGGCAGCACUGGUAGCACAGAGCCCAGAUAUUUUGCACUCAUGUCCCGGGACGAAGCCAUCCCUGCCCUAAGGGACAGGGGAACUCGAUUUUCUGGGCAACUAGGAAUUUUGGCUUUGGAGUUAGUGGGCCUUAUCAUGAAAGAAUGUGGGGGAAGGGCUGGGCGUGGUGGCUCACGCCUGUAAUCCCAGCACUUUGGGAGGCUGAGA